AUGAUUGAUACAGAGGCGGCAGCGACAGCCGUAGGCGAUGCGCCACUGUUUGCGCCUGCGCCUGCUUCUGCGGCACAGGGCACGCUGAAAUCCGAGACGAGGAGGAUAGCAAUACCGCCUCACCGUAUGACCCCACUCAAGAGAGAAUGGAUCAAUAUAUUUGGGCCGUUGACGGAGAUGUUGGGACUCCAAGUGCGCAUGAAUGUGCCCAGGAAAGCCGUCGAAGUCAGGACGUCCAAGCACACGAAAGAUACUGGCGCUCUGCAGAAAGGAGCCGAUUUUGUGAAAGCCUUCGCAUUGGGCUUCGACGUCAAUGAUGCAAUCGCUUUGCUCCGGCUCGACGAUUUGUACCUUGACUCGUUUGAGAUCAAGGAUGUGAAGACCCUCCAUGGCGAUCAUCUCUCUCGAGCGAUAGGUCGUAUUGCUGGGCAGGACGGCAAAACAAAGUUCACCAUCGAGAAUACAACUCGAACGCGUAUAAUCCUAGCUGAUACAAAAAUACAUAUCCUGGGAUCGUUCCAGAAUAUCAAGAUCGCUCGUGAUGCCAUUGUUUCCCUCAUCUUGGGCUCGCCUCCAGGCAAAGUAUAUGCAGGUUUGAGGACGGUCAGUGCCAGGAUGCGCCAGAGAGCGCUGUAG